AUGGCUGCAACACGGGAGCGAACGAAGCCACUGCCUGAGGAGGACGGUCAGCGCGGCAGCGGCCGCACUCUGGCGGGGCAGGUGCUGUACCUGCGGGUGGCCGGGCUGUGGCCCCAGGCGAGGCCGGCGCCCCACCUGCUGCACGCGGCGCUGGUGCAGCUGGGCGCCGCCGCCUACGUGGCCGUCGGUCUGGUCAGCGUCCACACCGCCAGAGGGGACGUGGACGACAUCUCGCACACGCUCAUGCACACGCUCGAGAUCGUCGCUGGGACAGUCAAGGCGGGGCUCUUCUUCGGCAACAGGCAGUCCUUUUACCGGCUGGUGCGAGAUCUCGAUCUGAUGGUGUCCGAGGACUGGGACCGUCCCGAACUGGAGUCCGCUCGCUGCUGGGCCCGCCGCAUGACGGUGUCACUGACUGCCUACAUCUACACCCUCAUCCUGCUGUGGCUGCCGGCGCCGCUGCUGGCCGGCGGCGACCAGAAGCUGCUGCCCGUGGUGCAGAUCCACGGAGUGGACUGGUCGCUGUGGCCCGGCGCGUACGCCGCUCUCUACGCUCUGCAGUGCGCUGUGCUCCUCACCCAGGUCCCCAUCGUCGUCGGCCUGGACUGCUUCUUCGUGGCGGCCAUGCUGCACGUGGGAGCCCUGCUGCAGCUGCUGGGGCAGCGCAUCUCUGGACUGCGGCUCUCUGGUGACGGUGCUGUGGACCUGGCUGGCGAUGUGGGUCUUAAGAGGCAGCAGAUGAUGUAUGUGGAGCUCCGUGCCUGCAUCAGGCGCCACCAGAAAAUCACAAAGUUCCUGCACGACCUGGAGGCAGCCAUGAGCACCAUGGUGCUGGUGCAGUUCUCCAUCAGUAUGUUCUGCCUCUGCAUGGACCUCUACCAGCAGAUCCAGCAGGGCGAGGCGCUGUCUUUGGCGGCGUACAGCAGCCACUGGGUGGGCGCCGGCACCAGCUUACAGAGGGCGCUGUCCAUCGUGAUGGCGCGAGCCCAGAAACCGCUGCUCAUCACGGCGGGACACCUCUACCCCGUCAACACGGCAGCCUUCGUUGCGCUGAUGAAGGCGUCUUACUCGUACUACACUCUGCUGAGACAACUGGACAGCAGCUGAACUACGCGGCCA